ACGACCGGUGGGUCUGUCGGUCGGAUCGAAUUCGAAGUGCUUGAGUUUCGGGCGGGCGCGAGCGUGUUGUUGGUUCAAAAGUGCAGUUUUUGAAAAGGUCCUCGACGGACGGACGGGCGGUUGAAGUUCUGAAAACGGGCGUUCUGUGCAAAUAUCGUGAUCGUGAGGAAAAUCGUGACACAAAAUUUGGACUAAUUUUCGGAAAAAAAAUCAAGCAACAAAUACCCUUUUGAGGGUCCAGCCGGUGGUGACCCCAAGGGGAGUUGUGCCUCGAACUAUUUGUAUUGUCGUUUGAUUGGGAUCGAAUCGGGCCAGAACAAACGUCGUGAACUAGAACACCGAGUCCCCGAGUGCCCCCACGGUGGAAAACGUGAUCAACCGGCCCCGUCCGUUCGUCGAGACGUGUUGUAGGUGCAGACAUUCUCGGUGUGGAAUUCCCUGUGAGAGGAGGGAAAGGUUACAACUUGAAGAUUUGUAAACUCGGCAGACGUCGGCAGCAUCUUCUGAGGAGGCGGCAGCAGCAACAGCAGCAGUAAUAGUUCGACAAAUCCAAUAAUAGUCAUCGUCGAUUGUGAGACACCAGGCGCGCAGGUGGAAUCAUGAGCAGAAUAAUGAAUCAAUUUACGACGACCCGGUUGGCGUUGCUGCUGGUUCUCAGCUGUACAGCUUUGGCCAGUGCCGGCAAACAGAAACGGCUACUGUACGACCUGUCCGAUCCCCUUGUGACGGUAACCGACUCCGCUUCGUACUACCACCAUAACCCCUCGCCAAGCUUUCACCAACCCGCUACCAUUUACUCCACCUCCUCCCUGCACCACCACCACCCCGAACUAAUCAAACCCAUCCCGGCUCCAUUCCCCGCCCCCUCCCCAUCCUUUAUCUCCCCAAAGCACUCCUCCUCGCUGGACAGUAUCUACAAGCAGCACAACUACUUUGACUACUCCAACUACGGAGCGCCGUUCCAAUUCCUCGGAGGGAACGCCCUCGGAUUCCGUGACGACGACACCUACAUCGCCGACGGUCGCAUCCUCAAGCAGUACUCCGUCCUCGAGCACCACCCGGAGGAGAUCGAACGUAACCGCCUCCUCCACUCCGACCUGUUCGCUCCCUCGUCCAGCUUCUUCAGCGGAAAACCCGCCCCGAUCUACAACCAGUUCACCGUCCAACACCUCGCACCCCACCUCUCGACCCUCGGGUACAACCCCCGCUUCGGCCUGCCCCUCAACAACGCCCCCUCCCCACUCCUAACCAAGAACCACGGCCCAGUCGCGCUCGGUUCCGGCUCGAUUGGCAUCGUCCACGGUCCCAACGGAGUCGCGCUCGGAUCCGGUUCCCUCGGAUACAUCAGCCACCAGCAGCACCGCGAUACGCUGUCCGACCUGGUGGCGCGCAAAAGCCGGAAGCACCGACCGGGACCGCUGCACUUUGGCCAUAACCACGACUAAGAAGGGGCUUUCGUUACCUAGACGAUUAGUGCAUUUCAAGUGGAGAGAUAGAUUAAUAUAGCAACGAACGUGCCUUGUUAUCAUUUAUUAUAUGCGAUUUAUACGCGAUAGAAUGACGCUUUUUUGUGUGUACAUAGAGAAAGAAUAGCUGAGUU